AUGGCCCGCUACGAAGACGGCUACGACCCUCAUUACGGCUACAACAUCAACGCCUUCAAAUACCAACCGAUCCACCUACUCGCGAUCAACAAAGUCGUCAAGCUAAUCGCCGGGCCCUUCGGACUCGCCCUCGCCAGCGAAGCCAUCCACGAACACCGUAGCAAGAAAGCUCAGAAGGAAAAUGAUCCCGUGCUGGUCCAACUGCCUCCGCAGCACGCGGACCGACUAAUUGCAAGCGGGCAUGCGAUCCCCACCGAAGAGGAGGAACCCACACAUACCCUGGUCGACUACGACGAGCAGGACUGGGCGCUGGAUGAUAUGCUGCUCGCCUUCCCCGUGAUCCUCCCGCAGCGCCGCCCGCGAACCAAAACCCGCGGGUUCGUGCACGCCUACGCCCCCGGCUGGCAGGAUGCGGGCAUCAAUCAGGCCACCUUCCUUCGGUUUCUGAAGGACCUUCACACGCAUACGCAGGCGUCGCCCGUUCUGGAGGUCCUCAGUAUCGCUGCGGGGAUUGCGGGCGUGUAUCCCGAUCUGCUGAUUGCGGGCGUGGUGCAGACGGUGCAGAUUGCUGCCACGGCAGGGCGGGAAAUACAGGAACGGUGGAGCACGAAUCGGUUCCUGGAUCAGAUGAAUCGGGAGAUGUUCAUGCCGCGCGGCCUGUAUGCGUUGAUCGUGCAGUAUGAGUCUACGACCAGAGAGAAUACGGAGGUCGGGACGAAGACGGUGGACCUGGGGGCUCAGGCAGUCACCCAGUAUGGUGGUUCGUUUGCGGCGGAUGCGCCGGCUGGGGAGCAAAAAGGAUGGAAGGAGAAGACGACGAAGCGGCUCCGUCAGACGACUGGGAAGACUCAUGGCGAGGCGGGGAUGCCGCUCAUGUGUGCGCCGUUGGUGUUUCCGGGGAUCGAGCAGGUGGCGCAUGAGAUGAUCGACGGGUAUGCGCAGGGCAGCGAGUCCGCCAGCAACGCAGCGCUCAGGUUCAAGGAUAAGGCCAAGGGGGCGAGUAAGCGGCUUGCCGACUAUUUCGACCGUCGCGCGCAAGCAGAUUUUGCAUUCGACAAUCCAAACUCAACGCUCGUGAGGGCCAUGGGCGAUGCAGCGCCGCAGUUCAAGUCCAAGUUGAGUGACCCGAACGAUCAGCGAAACAAGCAUCUGGCUACUCUCGUCGCCGGGGGGAAGCUGCGAGCAGAGCCGUGA